ACUUAAAAAUGCUUCAUUAGCCUUCAGAAUCUCCUCAUAAAUAGACCUCAAAACGAUUUGCUCUGAAAAAAGAAAUACCUAUUAUAAAAUAAUUUCGAAAAAUUUACAAACAAUAUAAUUAAAUACCUCAUCCACAUCUAAUCUAAAAAGACUUUAAUAGAGAAUAAAGAAAACAAAUAGAAUUAGAAGUUGAGCGUCUUUCUAAAUCUCUCACACUCGACUUUGAUAUCUUUUUUAAUAGAAAAAUCCAAACUGAUUAAAAUAAAUCUAGCAAUGAUGAUUCAGAACAUUCCCCAUUUUCGUAAAACACUUUCACGGAAGACACAUUGUUAAAGAAAUAAAACAAAAAAGAAUUAGAUUUCAACAUGUUAUAUUAAAUAUAUUUAAAGAAUCAAUUUACAGAAGGUAAUUACAAUAAUUUACAUUAGAUAAGAAAUAAAGAUGUUUAGAAUGGUUAUCGAAAAAUUGAGUUUAGUUAUUCAAACAUUUAGGCAUUAUCUAAAUUACUAUAUAAUUACCGCAACAUUGAUAGUCUGUAGUAGAUUGGUGAGUGGAGUUUUUAGUGAUUUUAUAAUGCUAUUCUAGUAUAAUAAAUCUUUUCUCUUUAUUUUUGAUCUAAUAAACUGACUCACAAUUAACAAUCAAAAUUAAUUAACCAUUAUGAAUUCCAUUACAGUCUCGUG